AUGCCGCAGAGAGGAAUGCAGACUGCACCAGAUCAGAAGAAACCACUUGCACAACUCUCUCAAGAUCAAAGGGAGUUUCUCGACCGGGCUUUACGUGUGAACCAAGCAGGUGAAUUGGCUGCCACCUUGAUCUAUACCGCUCAAACGCCGCCCCUUCUACAGUCGCACCCUAACCUUCGGUCUUUGAUGAAGCACAUGUACGAUCAAGAGGCAGGGCAUUUCGCCACCUUCAACAAGCUUCUUGCCAAACAUCGAGUUCGUCCAACAGCCAUGUAUCCCGUGUGGAAGGCCGCGGCUUCAAUCCUGGGCUGGUCAACGGGCGUCAUGGGUCGCGAGGCCUCAAUGGCUUGUACAGAAGCAGUGGAGACAGAGAUUGGGAAUCAUUAUAACGGGCAAGUCAGAGAACUGUUUCGAUGGAUGCAGGAGAUCAAAAGCAGGGGCGAGGAGGUUGAUCCGGAAUUGGAAGAACUCAUAAAUACCUUGAAACGCAUUCGUGAUGAAGAGCUCGAGCAUCUCGACCACGCUGUCGAGAAUGAUGCAAAACAAGCACAACCCUAUGCACCUCUGACCAACGUCAUUCGGUAUGGUUGUCGGGGUGCAAUAUGGAUCAGCGAAAGAGUCUGA